UCUUUCUCGACUCGUACCACCCAGGCGUUCUCGCGAGAGUCCGGCGGGGGCGUUGUAGUGCAGUGACCUCAUCCCUCCAGCAGCUGCAGCGAGAGGCGGAGCUGCAACUUAGUUUGUAACUAACUCCUUUCAACUUCCAACUGAACCAAGAGACUCUCGCUCUUGCUGGAAUAUUAAACUGGACUUUUAGUUUCACGGGGAAGAAGCAGCAGGAGAAGACAAAGACACCGGGAUACAGACGGUGAUGGUGAUAAACAAAAAAAAGACAGAUCCCCGUUCUGUUACACUGAGAGGAGCGAAGUGCAGACAAGGAACGUUAUUACUAGGUUUGGGGUUUUUACAUGCGAAACGAUUUGGGAGAGAGGGAGCCAACAAGAUCUGCUUGAGACUACAGGACAACUGGACAUAACCUGGGAGAGAAGACCUGUACAAGUGUGAAUUUGUAACCCCUGGCAACAUGGGAGCACAGGAAUGGCACAUUACGAGACCCCGACUGUGAGACCCUUCAAACGAUAUGCAGCAGCCGAUAGUUUGGGAUUGAACGCUGUCAUUGGAACCACUUGUGUGUGUUAGCCUGCGUUCGUGUUCCCAUUCACCCCUGAAGGAAGCCUGGCAGCUCAUGCUGCCGAUAGGCUGUGAGGACUGGGGUCUCGAGAGGGGGUGGCUGAGCCCUGAUGGCAGACAUGGUUUUCAGCUGCUGAGACCUGCAACAACUUGGAAACAUGACCAGCUUGAAACGCUCUCAGACUGAGCGAACCGUGGGGGGCGCGGUCCCGGCUGGGGACGAUUUCUACACCCGCCGCCUGCGACUGCCCAAUGGAGGGGCCCCCCCUCCCCGCAGUGAGAGCGCCCACCUCUCGGGCUCCACCCCGGGGGUGCCUAAAAUGGGGGUGCGGGCUCGGGUGGCUGACUGGCCCCCUCGGAAAGACGGUGGAGGGAGUAUCUGGCACAUUAGUCUGGAGCCUGAAAUAACAACGAGCACCAGCUGCAGCAGCAGCAGCAACAGCAGCAGCAACUUGAAAAUGGGCCACCUGAGCCCCCAGGAUUCCUCCAUGCUGAGAAGCAUCCAGAACACCCUGAAGAGCAAAACCGCGGGCGGCGGCAACACUAGCAGCAUGGACGGGCGCUUCCUCUCCCCUGACUGCUAUCCCGGCUCCCCUCGCAGAGCCAUGAGGCGCAUCCGGCAGCGCAGCAACUCCGACAUCACCAUCAGCGAGCUGGAGGGUGGUGGCAGCGGAGAUGGGGAUGAGGAGUGGGGGACUCCCAGUUAUAAAUGGUCCCCGCUGCACCGGGAGUACGGCAGCACAUCCUCCAUAGACAAGCACGGUGCUUCCGGGGAAAGCUUCUUCGACAUGCUGAAGGGCUACCAAGGGGACAAGCCGGACCAGCGGAGCCAGCCGCCAGAGAAACUUGGGGAGCUGCUGGCCGGAGGGCAGAAGGUGAUGAGUGGAUUCGACACCCCAGACGGGCCCUUGAGCUCCGGGGCUCAGCGUGGGAGUCCCUCAGGCCGGCUGAAGGAGCGGGAGAAGCACCUGAAGAGACGCUCCAAAUCGGAGACUGGGGGCGACUCCAUCUUCCGCAAGCUGCGCAGCGUUCGGGGCGAAGGGGACCAGCCGGGCUCCAGGGCAGGUUCGGAUCUGGAGGAUGGCGGGCGCUCGGAGGACCCCCAACACAAGCCCUGGAGCUGCCAGAAAGGGUUUGCCCACUUCGACAUUCAGAGCAUCCUGUUCGACCUGAAUGAGGCAACACUCAGCCGGCAGAGCGCCAUCAGGAGGCGGAACACCACCACGGGAGCCUCUGCCGCGGCCGCUGCCUCCUCCUCCUCUUCCUCCUUUUCCCUCUCCUCCCCCCAGACCGGAGCCUACAGCUCUCCUUCGGGCAGCCAGGAUGAUCUAACCACCAAGGAGAACCUGGGCCUGGACCCUGGCGACGACAAGAGCAACGAGCUGGUGCUGAGCUGCCCAUGCUUCCGCAACGAGAUCGGGGGCGAGGGGGAGAGGAAGAUCAGUAUGUCCAAGCUGGGCACCAUCGGAGGUGGGGGAGGCAGCGGGGAGGGCGGCCCCUUAGAGUCCUCGCUUGGCUCGCACUGCACCAACGCCGGUGUGGCUGUGCUGGAGGUGCCCAAGGAGAGCCAGGCCCAGCACAACGAGCGGGUCAAGAGAUGCAUCCUGGAGCAUGUGGACCUGGGAUGCUACUACUAUCGGAAAUACUUCUACCUGAGAGAGCACUGGAACUAUUUUGGGGUGGAUGAGAAUCUGGGCCCGGUGGCUGUGAGUCUCCGCAGAGAGAAGCUGGAGGACAGCAAGGAACACGGGCAGCAGUACAACUACCGGGUCACCUUCCGCACCAGCGAGCUGACGACGCUGCGAGGCUCCAUCCUGGAGGACGCAGUGCCCUCCACCUCGAAGCACGGCUCUGCCCGCGGGCUGCCCCUGAAGGAGGUGCUGGAGUAUCUCAUCCCUGAACUCAACACACACUGCCUGCGCCUGGCCCUCAACACUCCCAAGGUCACUGAGCAGCUGAUGAAGCUGGACGAGCAGGGGCUCAGCUUCCAGUUGAAGGUGGGUGUCAUGUACUGUAAAGCAGGGCAGAGUAGCGAGGAGGAGAUGUACAACAAUGAGUCGGCCGGACCUGCCUUUGAAGAGUUCCUGAUGCUGCUUGGGGAUCGCAUUCGACUGAAGGGCUUCAGCAAAUACCGGGCACAGCUCGACAUCAAGACGGACUCUACUGGAACUCACUCUUUAUACACAGUGUACAAGGACUACGAGAUCAUGUUCCAUGUGUCGACCAUGCUGCCCUACACUCCAAACAACAAGCAGCAGUUGCUGAGGAAGCGGCACAUCGGGAACGACAUUGUGACCAUCGUGUUCCAGGAGCCCGGGGCCCAACCCUUCAGCCCCAAGAAUAUCCGCUCGCACUUCCAGCACGUCUUUGUGGUGGUGCGGGCGCACGAGCCCUGCUCCGACAACACCUGCUACAGCGUCGCUGUAGCCCGUUCCAAAGAUGUCCCCUCCUUCGGCCCGCCAAUCCCCAAGGAGGUGACAUUCCCCAAGUCCACGGUGUUCCGGGACUUCCUGCUGGCCAAGGUCAUCAACGCGGAGAAUGCGGCGCACAAGUCGGACAAGUUCCGCGCCAUGGCCACGCGCACGAGACAGGAGUACCUGCGGGACCUGGCGGAGCGCCAUGUCACCAGCACCCCCAUCGACCCCUCAGGCAAGUUCCCCUUCAUCUCCCUGGCGUCCAAGCGCAAGGAGAAGAGCCGGCCCUACAGCGGCGCGGAGCUGCGCAGCCUGGGUGGCAUCACCUGGCACGUGCUGGCCGAGGACUACAGCAGCGGAGGGGCGGAGGUGGAGGGGCUGCUCGCCAUCUCCAACGAGUUCCUGGUAAUCAUCGACCGCGAGGCCAAGAGCACCGUGUUCAACUGCUCGGUGCGCGACGUCAUCGGCUGGACCCACAGUAGCCCCACCACACUCAAGGUGUUUUACGAACGCGGGGAGUGCCUGUCCUUUCACACCGUCGCAAACAACUACGAAGACUUCCGUGAGGUCGUCAAGCGCCUGGAAUUUCUGACGAAGGGCUGCAAUACGAACGAGAUGACGCUGCGGCGAAACGGCCUGGGCCAGCUGGGCUUCCACGUGAACUAUGAGGGCAUCGUGGCCGAGGUGGAGCCCUACGGGUACGCGUGGCAGGCGGGGCUGCGGCAGGGCAGCCGGCUGGUGGAGAUAUGCAAGGUGGCCGUGGCCACGCUGUCCCACGAGCAGAUGAUUGACCUGCUGAGGACCUCGGUGACCGUCAAGGUGGUCAUCAUCCCCCCGCACGAGGACUCAACGCCACGCAGGGGCUGCUCGGAGAUGUAUCGGAUGCCCGUGGUGGAGUACAAGACCAACAAUGAGGGGGCUCCUUACGAGUACAAGCUCCCCUUCCGCAACCACAGCAAGUGGCAGCGCACAGCCUCCAGCCCCCAGCAGUCUCCCCCGCAGGGCCACGCCGGCAGCACCCCUAGCAGGGCUGUGUCUGUGGGGGGUAGCAUGGGGAAGGCACAGGGCCAAGAGAGGGGGGAGCGGUGCGCCAUCAUCCCCCGCAGUGUGUCCAGCGACGGCCGCCCGCUGGACCCCAAGAGGUUCUCCCCUGGCUCUAACAGUAACUACGCCCUGGUGUCCCAGCAUGGCAGGAACUCUCCCAGCAGCCACUCCUACUCCAGCGAUACCGGCUCAGGGGGUGGCUCCCACUGGAGACAGAAAUCCGUACCUGAGGGGUUCGAAGUGAGGCAUUCCCCUCUGUCUGUGGACCGGCAGAGCAUCGGGGAGACGGGCAGCAGCGGCAAGUCCACGCCCAGCUGGCAGCACAACCAGGAGGCGGACAUGGGCAGCGCAGGCUCCGAGAGGCCAGCACAUGCGGGAGAUCCUGUUUGUGUUUCAGAUCCCACCAGUCACCCCCCACCCUCCUCCAAGGUGCCGCCCCCCUACAGAGAGAGCACGAGUGGACCGCGCAUCCAGAGACAGGAGCAGGUCAUCCACCUCUCUCCCAACAAGCACGGACAGACAGAGGCUCCCUACUCCAGCCACUCCAGCAGCAACACCCUGUCCAGCAACGCCUCGAGCGCGCACAGCGAUGACAAGUGGUACGAGAUCGGGGGUGGGGUCGGGGAACGGCCAGACUCGGAGCUCAAUGGCUUUGGGGGCUUCUUGCAGGGGGCAUCAGCGGACAGCGGCAUCGACACCACCUCGUACAGCGCCACCUCCCUCCCAGGGGGCAAAGACAAGGCCCCCUCGCCCUGGCAGAGCUGCGCAGAGGGGGGCAGGGAUCGCCACCCCCCUGCCGCAGAGUCCCCUGGCCCUCCUGGCCCUUCUGAGAGCCACACCAAGAGCCCCAGCACCUACCCCCACCUGGCACGGGACAGCAGCACCCACAGCCUGAGCGACACAGCCUCCCACUCCAGCUCCCGGCACUCAGGCAGCCCUGUGGUGUUUGGCUCCAGCCGGGGCUCUCCGCGGGAGGACUCUCACUCAGCGACCUCCCCUUCCUCCCAGACCUCCCUCUCCCCCGGCCCCAAGACCUUCUACCCACGUCAGGGGGCCACCAGCAAGUACCUGAUCGGCUGGAGGAAGCCCGGGGGCACCAUCAACUCUGUGGAGUUCGGGGACACCAGAAAGCGUCACCAGAGCGAUGGUCCAGAGGCAAGUCAGGCUCAGCUCCGCCCCUCCAUUCGAGACCUGCGCUCUCCCCAGCGCCUCUGCAAAUCCACUGUAGAGGAAGACCUGAAGAAACUCAUCAACCUCGACAGCCCUCCACCCAGUCUAAAGGACCAGCACAAGCCCUCUUUCCCCAGCUCUGCUCCCUGCCGGCGCUCGCUCCACAGGACUCUGUCUGAUGAGAGUAUCUACAGCGGACAGAGGGAGCCCACCUUCUCCUCCCUCCUGGACCAGGCCCUGCCCAACGAGGUCCUAUUCAGCAGCACGCGUCCUCUUGCCCCCAGCACGCUGCCCUUCCGCCGGCCCACCUACGUCCUGGGGGUUAAGAGCCUGCGCGGGGAUCUGUCUGCCUCGGACACCUCUCUGUCGGAGCUCCACCGGGCCCAGCAGGACCCCGGGCUCAUGCCUCUGCCCAACACAGGCAUGGACUCCGGUCUGGACUGGUCACACCUGGUGGACGCUGCCAAAGCUUUCGAGGACCAGAGAGCCUCUAUAUUGAGAGGUAAUGAAGUGAACCCAGGUCAUGAGAGUGCUGCUACCAGCCCCCAGCAGCCAGAGCGCCAGCCCUCCCCGCAGUUCAGACUCGGCUCCAGUGAAGUCCCUUCCAGCCUCACUGGGAAGGUCAGUCAGCUCGAAUCAAUAGUGAAACUACUUCAGGAAGAUUUAAAGAAGGAAAAGGAAGACAAAGCCAUGCUGCAGAUGCAGGUGCAAAGCCUCCGAGAGGACAACCAGAGGCUGCAGGAGGAGUCUCAGAACGCCUCGGCCAAGCUGAACAAAUUCACAGAGUGGGUGUUCAACACCAUUGACAUGAACUGAGCCUUGAGACUGAUGAAAGAGACUGGGAGAGACACAGAGAGAAGGAGGGGGGGUCCCAUGGCUGCCAGUGCUGGGGGUGGGGGUGCACAGGGGGUCUAGAACACUACGUACAAGCCUUCUGACAAUGGCUACCCAAACAAGAAUCUGGCUACUUUUGACUUGUGGUGCCUUGGCUGUGGAUUUGACUGGUGGAUCUGUAGUCAGCUUUUCACGACGUCUGACUAAAUUGGUGAACGAAGGCUUCGUUCCUGGCUGGAAGGAAAAAUGUGGUCUACUUUUUCCAAAGAGGCGGAUAUUGAUGCUCAGUGACUGGGCUGCGAUUGUUUGCUGUCUUGCUUCUCCACACAUUCCCCGAGUUGACGCAGAAGAAAUACAUUCCGAGCCCAACCCCUGUUUCACAUUCAUUUCUUUAUGGGGUCCAUCUGUGAUUUAGGUUGUGGCUUUCAUUAACUGCCAUACACACUGCAGCCCUGAGCUUUUUAACCCAAACCACUGAGCUACUCAAUCCCACAACCUUCCACACUGCAGCCCAGCGCUUUCUUUGUUUCAUGAACCUCUUACUUUCCAUGCUCAGCAUCAGAUCGCUUAAUGAUCCAAGUGCUUUUGUUCUCACUGGCAGCCGUUGGGCACUCCUUGUUAAGUUUUUACUCGAGAGAAUUAGGAAUAGUAGUUUUUGUAUGAUUGUUUUUAAGAAAGAAAAAAAGACAAUGACAGAAAGUAAGCAGUUUCUUUUUUUUCUGAUGCAUAUCUCUUGGAACGCUGCUGUGACAUUGUGACAAUGUAAAUCUUUCCAAGUUUGGUUCCUUUGGCCUCGGUACUCAAUGCGGUGAUGUGGCCAGUGCUCCACUGGCUUAGAUAUACAACUGAUAGUCUUUGUGAUUUUACUUAACUACAAAACGCAAGGGUCCAUUAUAGCUUGUCAGCACAGCUCUUGUCCUGAAUUUUCAACAGUCCAGAAACUGCCUCCAAUCAAAAUUGAGCCUGCGAUGGUAUAAUCAAAUCCUACUCAUGAAAAGCAUGGGGUGCCACCUCAACAGUCAAAACAUCUGGUUUUAAUAAAUUGUAUAUUGACACUACUCUUGUUCUCUUGCAAAAGUGUUUGGUUUUUUUCGGUAUGUAACUUUGAGAUCCCAGCACGGCUGCCCUAUCCUUCUCUCCGAUCGCAAGACAUAGAAAAGCAGUCUGAGAUCUAGGAGACAGUCACAGGAUUUCUAGGAUCUCAAGGUUUUAUUUUUGCUAUCUGUACAUUAUUUGAUGUUGCCGGUUUGGACUCUAAAAUAUAUAUAUAUAUAUAUAUAUAUAUAUAUAUAUAUAUAUAUAUAUAUAUAUAUAUAUAUAUAUAUAUAUAUAUAUAUAUAGUGUGUGUGUGUGUUUGUUAAAAAGUUAAUAAAAUUCCACGCUGGAAAGGUAAAGUGAUGACCUUUUUAAAAGUAGUUUCCCAAAGAACAUUUUUAUUUUUAUUUUAUUGCAUAUGUAUACGGCAUGUCCCAUAAGUCAGGCAUCACAGGCAAUAUCAGUAGUAUUGUGGUGAUUUAGGAUGUUCUCUCUCAAAUCAAGCGGCCACAUGUUGACUAUCUGUACCACACAUCAAUCAGUUCAUUCCUCUUUGCUUAAAGAUGUUUCAGACCUAAAAUAGAGACAUCCAAUAUUAAUAAUUGUGUCUGUGUUGCCUGGUUUAUGGCACAGCCUGUAUGCUAACCCACAGUAAGACAUCUUGAAAGUGUUUUAUAUUAACCCAGUUUGUUUGGAAAAAUGAAAGAACUUUGUCACCUUUGGAUUCACAUCGGUUUACUUGGAAGUGAACUUGGUUUGUUUCCUUGUUUUUCUAAACUGGAUUUGCUUUUAUGUUGCCCUCAAACAGAUGAACCGGAUUCAGUUUGUAUACUCAAACGAGUUCAGUUUGAUUAAAACAAAUUGCUUGAAGCUUCCAUAUACUGUAUGCUUUAAAACAGAGUGACUCGUUUUGAAAUAAACUGCCCAAAUGAGUGUGAAUAGGUUGUUAUGAAGUGCAACAGCCUGCAAAUUACACUGAAGAUCAAGUGGUAAAUUCCAAAAACGUCUUUGUCUGGUAAACAAACAUUUUGACAAGUGCACUUCAUUGUUCAAAGAUGCACGUUUCUAAUUGUACUAAAUUCUACACCUUUAGGGCUCUAAUUUUAAAGCAAGUGCAAUGCUUGGCACCUAUCCUAUAUAUAUAUAGUAAAUAAAACCUUUUUUUUAAUAUUAACAAUGGCAAACAACCCAAGAACAUAACUGAACGUGCACCUUCCUGAAAUUGCUGUGUUUCUUGUCACAUAAAUUUAUAUUAUGUGGGGUUUUUUUGGUUUUUUUAAAAAAUGUAUUUCUCUUACCUUCCACUCACUUCAGAAAUCACACUUGGUGUUUUUUAAUAAUGGAUUACUUAAUGUCCACGACAAGGUAAAGAGCCUGGGAAAGGGUUUGUGUUGUUGUGUUGUACUUUUUAAUUUAAAUGUAAGAGCAUUGAGGUACAGUAGACCAAACAGUGAGGUAGAUAAAUCACUUUCAACCAAAUGUAUAUUUGACCUUCUGGGACCAAUAGAAUUCAGAUCAUUCAUGUCUUGUAAUGGUUAUAGUGAGAACGAUAUGCAAGUCAGCCACCUGGAAGCGUAAUGGUAGGUCUUUGGUGUGAAAGGGUGUCUGCCACUGUCUAGGCUGGAAAACUGAUUAGGCACAACAAUCACUAGCACACCUCAUGUGGUUUUCUGUUAUGGAGAAACUUUGAAGUGGAAUCACUCCAAAUAAAAAUGUUGUAGCACCAGCCAUGUGUAGGACACAGUGCCUGUGCUAUAAUGUGUUGAGUUUUCUUCACGAUUGGUUGAUGGGCCAAAACAGUCUUCAGUGGUGUCCUUUGGGGUUGGUGUGAGCCCCACACAGUUCUCUGGUUUUAAAUGUCUUUAAUCUGCAUUCAGGUGUAAUAGUGCAUACUGUUUUGAAAGGGACACUUUCCCUGUUCAUACCCCUCAAACGCACAUAUUAAAUAUUCCUUCCUCUCCAGAUGGAAGUAAUAAAAAAUGCCCACGGGGAGCCCACACAUGGGGUAGAAAUCCCUUUAACGUAAUGUUGUGUAAAUCUGACAGACUUGAGUUUACCUACUUGUGUUUGUAUGGAUUCAGGCGCCUUGUUUUAUCAAAAGAUAAAUGCUAAUUGAUUGCCCGUUUGCUCACUAAAUGAGAUGGCAGCGCUGUGAUAAGAACGCAUCAGAGGAGCAGACUAAUAUAAUAUGUUAGGCACAUGCUGUACCUUUCGAUCAGUGCAGACAGAGUUUUAACAGCGAUCACCCUAUAAAAAAGCCAUUCAGUAUUGCAGACUAUCAUCACCAUAUUGGCAAAUGUGGCCUGUGUUGACCUUAUGGGUGCUAUCCUCAUGUAUUAAUAUUAAGAUGUGUAUGCAUAACAGCCUUUAAUUGCUUCCAUGCAAACCCUAUCUAACCUGAUAUCCUAAUUGAAUGAUUGUGGUAAGUUAUGAGUCUCGCCCACGUCUAAUGUAGUUUACCCACUGAAUAAGCAAAAUAUGAAUACAGCACAUCACAACAUGGUAGGUACAUUGAGGAUUUGUUGUUAUAGAUAAUUAAUGAGCAGAGCUAGAAAAUAACACUAGGAAGGCUAUUGUAUUUUGGAUUGUGAACCCAGUGGCAAAGUUACUGCUCAAUUUAUGAAGCUUUUUAAAGCGAUUUCUUUGUUUUGUACAUUUAAUUGCUGUAAUGUUUCAUUUUCUUUGUAAUUGCCCACUUUUUGUUUUAUUUGAAUAAAAAGCAUAGUUUUGCUUUUG